AUGCAUUCCAGCUUAGCCCACCCUCCGACUUCCCACCUGCAUGCAGACCCAGAGACCUACCUCGCCGUUCUCAAGGCCUCUUACGAAUAUGAGCCCCAGCCGGACUCGGAGGACGAGCUUCCCAUCAAGGAGGGCCAGGUGCUGCUCCUGCUAGAGCGCACCGACGAGGACUGGUGGAGAGUCAAGAUCAAGCCAGACUCGCAGGAUGAGGAUGGUCCAUCAGGAAUUGUGCCAAUGGCAUACGUGGAGGAGGCCGAACACACUCGCAUAGUCAAGGCAUUAUAUGACUACGAAGCCGCACAAAGCACAGAACUAAGCAUAUCUGAGAACGACGUACUGUACGUCUAUGGUGAAGACGAGGAGUGGAUCUUGGUGCGCAAGCAGUCCGACGAUAGCAAGGUUGGCUAUGUACCUGGGAACUAUGUUGACGAGGUCGGUGAGGAGUCUGCUGCCGCAGAGGUUCCAGCACCGGCAGCAGUGCCGCAGAUUGUCAUACCACCUUCGCCUGCUCGACCCGUAAGUACAUAUGUGGACCCCGCCGAUCGCGUAGCUGCAGCGCGGGCGCAUUCCGACGAUAUCAAGACAUGGGCUGUAUCGGAAGUGGAUAAGAAGGGGAAGAAGAAGAAAGGCACGCUAGGUGUUGGCAAUGGUUCUAUCUUCUUCGCUAGCGAAGCAGACAAGACCCCCGUACAGAAGUGGCAAAGCGCAGACAUUCAAGAUGUGCGGUUGGAGAAGACCAAGCACGUCCACAUCGACAUCGGCGGCGCCGAGCCCAUCAGCCUGCACUUCAACGCAGGCUCGAAGGACGUCGCCGAGGCAAUCACCGCCAAACUCGAGUCCUCACGCUCUGCGGCUACUGGCGCCGCUGGACCCUCGAGUCCGCCACCCGCGCCAGGACCAUCUCUAGCUUCGCCAGAGGAGCCGCCUCGACGCAGCAGCCCUGCGAAAGCUGUCCACUUCGACACCGAAGAGCCCGAGAUCAUCCCGCCACGCGAGCCGUCGAUCGACGGCGAAGAAGAGGAGGCAGCGCCGGAGGGCGAGCCCGCCGUGGUACUCUACGACUUCAAUGCAGAUGGCGAAGACGAGCUGUCCGUACAGGAGGGCGAGAGCUUGCUCGUGGUCGAGAAGGAUAGUGCCGAGUGGUGGAAGUGCCGAAACGUGCACGGGGCUGAGGGCGUCGUCCCUGCUCAGUAUGUCGAGCUGCUCAACCCCGGUGCAAGCCCAGCUAUUGCGGGGCUACACGAGGAAGAGGAUGCGGACGCCAUACGGGCUACGCAGGAGGCCGAGGAGCGGGCCGAGACUGAACGUAGCGCACGGGAAGACCGGCGUCGAGAAGAGGAGCGCGAGCGCCAGGAGAAAGAGGGCAAAGAGCGCGAGCGUAAGAGGGAGGCGGAGCAACGGGCGAAGGCCGCAGCCGUGGCCGCCGAGGCAGACAGGAAGCGUCGAGAGCGGGAGCGGCAGGAGCGUCAGCGGUUGGAGAGGAAGCGCAAGAAGGACCGCGACUCUGUUGACCAUGGCGAGUCGUCAAAGAGCAGGAAGUCGAGUGGCGAGCCGAGGCGGUCGAGCGACCGUACUUCAGAGGAUAAGGAUUUGCCUGAUCCCGCGAAGACGCGUACAUGGCACGAUCGGACGGGCCAGUUCCGGGUUGAUGCACAGUUCCUCGGCUUCUCAGGCGGGAAGCUGCGCCUGCACAAGAUCAACGGUGUUAUCAUCGAGGUACCGACGGACAAGAUGUCUGAGGAAGACCUCAAGUACGUAGAGAAGGUCACCAGAAAGGCGCGCGAACAAACCCGGCGCAAAAACGACGACGACGACGAACCACUCGAGAUCCGCAGACGAUCGCUUCAGCCGGAAGCGCGUACCACUUCGAAGAAGAAACCGACAGUCGAUUGGUUCGAGUUCUUCCUCAAUGCUGGGUGCGACGUCGACGACUGCACGCGUUACGCGUCCUCAUUUGAGCGCGACAAGAUCGACGAGGCCAUUCUGCCUGACAUCACGGAGAGUACAAUGCGCUCCCUCGGCCUGCGUGAAGGAGACAUCAUCCGUGUCAAGAAGGCCAUCGAGCAGCAGCAGAUGCGCCGGGAUGAGGAGCUUGCACGACAGCUGCAGGCUGAGGAGAACGGAGGCAAGCCUCGGGCCAACCUCCCAACCUCUUUGUUGGAGCAAACGGCGCACUCAAGAACAACUCAAUGCGGAGAGGCCGUCCACAGGCCAGCAAGAAUUCAGCGCACGAGUUCGCCGAUGGUUGCAAGUCCCGAGAAGACGUCUUCGCCGUCGUCUGUGCAGCCGCCUGCACGAACCUCCUCGGCCGCUCCCAUCGCCAGCGGCUUCGACGACGACGCUUGGACCAACAGGCCAAGUUCGACCAAGCCAGCCCCUACGCCAACCCCGCCCGUUGUAGCGCCUGCGCCUGCAACUGCAUCUGCUCCUGCACCGCCCCCUGCACCUCCGGCGCCGCCUGCGCCAGCGCAAGGUGCUCCUUCCAUUACAACUGCAUCGCCUGCAGCACCUGCUAACCUGACUGAUCCAGCGUCGCAGCAGACGACUGGGACAGCGCUGGCUAAGACAGACGAUGAUAUCUUCGAGCAGCUCUCCCGUCUCGCUAAGCUCCGCACACAGAGUCCAGCGAUACCGCCGCCGCAGCGUGCCCCUUCUGUCCCUGUCGCCUCCCCUGUCAGUUACCAGUCGGGCUUGGGGAUGGGCUCGUCACCGGUCCCCAUGGGCCAACAUUUCCAGAACCAACAAACGGGGAUGAUGCCACCUCUCCAACAGAAUGGGCCUCGUGGGCCGCUUGCGCCUGUUCCCGCCAACCAGUCUUUGCUCCAGCCUCUCGUGCCGACUACCACGCUCUUCAAUGGGUUCGUUCCGACUCGCCCGCAAAGUGCGCAAUCACCGUUCGCGAACCCACCACAGCAAUCUCCAUUCCAAAGCCCCCCGCCGCAGCCACCGUCCUUCCUUAACACUCAACCAACUGGCUACCCGGGGGCAAACCGAUCGUUACUUCCGCAGCAGACCGGCUUCCCUGGUCAAAGCCCGAGCCCUCUGCAAGCACAACCAACCGGUUACCCCGGGAACUUUGGGAAUACUGGGUCACUUCUCUCACAGCCAACUGGGAUGCCGGGCAACAACUACUCGUCAGGACCGCUGAUGUCUCAACCCACAGGCAUGCCAAACGGAGGCUUCAGUGGUGCCAACGGCAACUUUGGCUCCGUGCCUUCAUUCCAGGCAAACGGUGGAUUCGAUGGGAUCCAGUCAAAUCCUACAGGCUUCAAUCCUGGCAUCGGCGCCUCUCCGUUCGGGAAUGGUUUCAGUUCCCCUCCGCCGCAGCCCCAAUCUAAUGCCGUGGACACAACACCUGCGAAUAUAUUUGCCAAGAUGAAGAGCGGUGCCUUCGCGAACGACAACAACUCGAGUCCGCAAGGUGCAGACAAAUACGACGCCCUCCGCCCUGCUCCAAAUUUGACUAUGCAGCCCACAGGCUGGGGAUACCAGGGGGCGAACGGCGGAUUCACAGGUGGAUACGGAUAUCAACACUGA